AUGGCGGAGAAGCUGGCCCCCGAGAAGCGCCACACCUUCGUGCACAACGGGCAGAAGGUGUUCGAGUGGGACCAGACGCUAGAGGAGGUGAACAUGUACAUCGAGCUCCCCAAGGGCGUGCCCACCAAGCUCUUCCGCUGCACCAUCAAGGCUAGCCACGUCGAGGUCGGCAUCUGCGGCAACCCACCGUACCUCAAUCACGACCUGACGCACCCCGUGAAGACCGACUCGUCGUUCUGGACAAUAGGGUUAAUUGAUGAAAGUGAUUGCUCCUGA